AAAGCCCAAGAAACAAGAGUGCGCACCUCUCCUGGGACCUUGGGAACUUGGGGAGGCUGUCCUGGCCCACUGGAACCCACAAAGGCCCAGCUCAGUGGCUUCUCCAGCCAGCACUGAGCCACCCUCAGACACUCCUGAAGAGGGAACAGAGACAGCCCUGCCUUCCAGAGGAGCUCUGCAAUGAGUGGCUAGGAGCCAGGGGCCCAGAGAACCAGAGCCACCAACGUCAGGGCCACAGGGCUGCUGAGCUGUCACUUCAGGGCCACCACAGUCAUGGCAUCUCUGGGCCUCCAGCUGCUGGGGUAUGUCCUGGGCCUCAUGGGGCUGGUGGGCACCCUGGUAGCCAUGCUCCUCCCCAGCUGGAGAACAGGCUCCUAUGUCGGGGCCAGCAUCGUCACGGCCGUCGGCUUCUCCAAGGGCCUCUGGAUGGAGUGUGCCACCCAGAGCACUGGCAUCACUCAGUGUGAUAUCUACAGCACUCUGUUGGGGCUGCCUACAGACAUCCAGGCUGCUCAGGGCAUGAUGGUGGCUUCUAGUGCCAUCUCCUCUCUGGCCUGCAUCAUCUCGGUGGUGGGCAUGAGGUGCACUGUCUUCUGCAAGGACUCCCCGGCCAAAGACAGGGUGGCCGUGGUGGGUGGUGUCUUAUUCCUCCUGGGAGGCCUCCUAGGUUUCAUCCCUGUCGUCUGGAACCUCCAUGGGAUCCUCCGGGACUUCCACUCGCCACUGGUGCCUGACAGCAUGAAGUUCGAGAUCGGAGAGGCCCUCUACCUUGGCAUCAUCUCUUCCCUCUUCUCCAUGGUGGCUGGCACCAUCCUGUGCUUCUCUUGCCCAGCCCGGGGGGAAGGCCACUCUGCCUACUAUGGGGGCUAUCAGGCCCAGCCCUUAACCACCAGGGCUUCCCCUCGGCCAGGCCAGACCAUAAAAGGCAAAAGUGAGUUCAACUCCUACAGCCUGACGGGGUAUGUGUAAGGAGUGGAUUGGGAGGGUGGGCCAGGGUUCGAGACCCAGUCGGCGGCUCCCCACAGACACCGGGAGAGACUUUCCAUCUGAUCAAGUCAGAAGGCAAAGCUGAAGAUAAGACUGACACCAGGGGUGGAGGCAGUCCCCAUGGGUCCAACUAUGGGUAGCUGACAUUCCCACAGUCCCACUUUUAGCCCCCCAACCUUUCCUCACCCACUAUCACCCUCCCACCUCUAGCUUGGCCUUUGGUUCCCAGCCCACAGUCCCAGAUCCAGCUGCCUUAUACAUCUAGGAAACCACCCCAGGCCCCUGGCCUCACCAAGGCUCUCUAAGCUCAGUGGACCUCAGAGUGUCAUCACUCGAACCCCAUUCCCCAAGAUCCUUCCAAGGGGAUGACCUCAUUGGUCAACCAUUGGACCCAGAACCACUUUAUUUCCACUGAGAGAAGCAAAGGGGCAAGAGGGCCCAACUCCCAAGGGGAUUCUGGCUGGGAGGGGCUCCAAACCAUUGACCAAGGUCUACUGAGAAGCCUUCCAACUCUUCCAUUAGUUUCAGUGUAGAAGCCAGGAGGCCUCUGCCUCUAGAGGGUGCCCAUUCUAGGUUGCUCCCAGGGCAGUGGGGAAGCAUCUGGGAGCCCUCCAAGGGGAAGAAAGAAAAGGAAACCGGUUUUUCCAGAGAUGUUCUUUGACUUGGGGAAUACUGGGAUGGGGGGGGGGGGGAACCUGACAAAUACCCUAGCAUUAUAGUACACUUCCCGAUAACUAGGAAAAUGCAAAAAAUAAAAAUAAUGAGACAAGAAGGUGUGUGUUUGUGUGUGUGUGUGUGAGAGACAGACAGACAGACAGAGAGAGACGGAGCGAGAAAGAGACAGAGAGAGAGAGACAGACAGACAGACAGACAGACAGAUAGACAGACAGAGAGAAAGAGACAGAGAGAGAAACAGAGACAGAGAGAGAGAAAGAGACAGAGAGAAAGAAACAGAGAGACAGACAGACAGACAGAGAGAAAGAGACAGAGAGAAGAGACAGAGAGGAAGGCAGAGGGGGGGAGGGAGAGACAGAGAGGGAGAGAAACAGAGAGAGACAGAAAGAGAGGGAGGGAGGGAGAGUUCUGAAAGAGCCCGUCACAUGGAUCAAGAAGUGAAAAGAGCUGGCAGAGGGCAGACUGUCCUUUGGCUGCAGGAAGCCAUUACCUACUUUUUCUUCCCAGCCCAUCUCAGUGAGCCCUGAGCCCCCAGUCCCUCGAUGGCAUCAACAAAAGCCCCAGUAGAUGAGCCUCACUGAAAGAGAAUUGUUGAUUAUAUUAGAGACCCAGUGGUCACCUACUCUGGGGACCACAGACCAGUGAGACUUGGGAAUGUCCUCCCCAGCUACCCAUAACCCCCCACCAAUCCCACCAUAUCUAAGCAGGGAGGGUCCCUGUUGGCCCCCAGGACCAGCAUCCAGCCUUUGACAGAUCUUCCCCAAUGAGAAGCUCCAGUUCCAGCCGAGCGCCGCAUCUUUGGAAAGCCCCCACACCCAUCAGCCUACCUGCUCCGCUUUGCCAAUAUGAGACUGACUCCCCUCUCGCCCCACAACUCUUUGCCUGUCCAUACUGUAAGGCCUAAGGCCUCCAUCACUCCAAUUCAUGGCAUCCUAUCCCUCUCCACCUCAUUCCCUACCAACACCUGUGUCUCAUCCAUAGGGCCCCUGGGUCUAAUCACCUUGCCCUGGGUGUAAAUUGUGCCUCCUAGCUAUGAACAUGCCUUGAGCUACUCCACCUCUCCCAGGGCACUGAGCCCAGUGCUGUCUCUUACUGAAUACAAUAAAGUACUUUUGCCUUGACUAAA